GACAUUAAUAUACGUUUUCGUGAUUUCCAACAUUUUUAUUGUUAAGUUUGUACAGAUUUAACUAAGAAUAUAAAAGAUGAAUAAAAAUGGAAUUUUACGAACAAGAAAAGCAUCUCCAUCUUUGAAAUUGAAGGACCCAGUUGAGGUUUUUUGUAGAAUCAGGCCAUGUUUUGAUGGUGAAACAUGUGUAGAAAUCAUUGGAGACAAUGUUGUUCAAUUAAAUGCCCCAAAAAAUUUGAAGACUUUAACAGGUCGUGUUGAACAGCUCAGAUGUACCUUUAGUCAAGUCUUCCCUGGUUAUACUACCCAAAGCCAUUUAUUCCAAAGUGUUGGCUUACCAUUGGUUCAAGAUCUUCUUAAUGGCAAAAAUGGUUUAUGUUUUAUGUAUGGGAUUUCUGGAUCAGGAAAAACUCAUACUAUGAAUGGAACACCUUCUGAUGGAGGAGUUCUCCCACGUUGUUUAGAUGUUUUAUUCAACAGUAUUGGAGAUUAUCAAGCUUCACGAUGUGUUUUCAGACCUGAUUGUUACAAUGGAUUUGAAGUUCUUUCUGAUAGUGAAGCCUCUUCAGAAGCAAAAAGAAAAUCUUUGGAGCAGGCUGCUUUUUUAUCUCAGAAAUCAAGAAAGCAAACUGAAGAAGAUAGAAUGGCUGACAUGAUAAGAAUACCUGACUUAACUAAGUUGGAGGUUGAUCAAGAUAAUGUUUACAGUGUAUUUAUUUCUUUUGUUGAAAUUUACAACAAUUCUGUCUUUGAUCUACUUGAAGAUUCAGCAAAUGAUGUUUUCAAACAAAAGCAACCAGUGUCAAAGAUACUACGAGAGGAUCAACGAAAGAAUAUGUAUGUUUAUGAAGCUGUUGAAAUUGAAGUAAAAAGCACUGAAGAAGCAUUUGAUCUUUUUUAUAGAGGUCAAAACAGAAGAAAAACAGCACACACGUUACUAAAUACAGAAUCUAGUAGAAGUCAUAGUGUAUUCAACAUUCGACUGGUUCAAGCUCCAUUAGGACCUGAUGGAACUGCAGUUCUCAAUAACAGUGAAGCCAUUGGUAUCAGUCAGUUAUCUUUAUGUGAUUUGGCAGGUUCAGAAAGAAUGAGCAGAACUAAUGCAGGUGGCGAUCGUGUUAGAGAGGCAGGAAACAUAAAUAACUCAUUGAUGACAUUGCGAUCUUGUAUUGAGUGUUUAAGAGAAAACCAGAAAUCUCAGGAUAUUGGAAAUCCAGCUAAAAUUGUACCUUACCGUGAUUCCAAAUUGACUCAUUUAUUCAAAAACUUUUUUGAUGGGGACGGAAAGGUACGAAUGAUAGUUUGUUUAAAUCCUCGUUCUGAAGAUUUUGAUGAAAGUAUACAUGUUAUGAAGUUUGCUGAGAUGACACAGGAAGUGAAAGUAUCACGAUCAGAUGGAGUCAAGUUUGACCUCGGACUAACACCUGGAAGACGAAAUGCCAUGAAAGCUUUUAAAGAUACUUGCAAAGACAUUGAUGAUGUUUUAAGUAGUGAUACAGGAAGUCAAGAAGAUUUACUUCAGCCUAUACAAGUUUUUGCCCAAUGGCCAUUACUACAAUUAUCAUCGAGUGAAGAUAUGAUUACCCUUCGUAAUUUAGCAAUAUAUUUAGAAGAAAGAAUUAAAUUGAGAAAAACGUUAUAUAUGGAUUGGAAUCAAAGACAAAUUGAAGUGCGAAAUUUAAUCAUGCAGUUAGAACAAGAUAAUAUUGAUUUAACAAAGGCAAUAGAAGAACAGAGAGUAGUGUUGAAUGAAAAAGAACGAGAAAGCAAAAACUUUGAGAAAAAAAUACGCCAAAUAAAUGAAAAGGUUGAAAAUUUACAACGAUCUAAUUUAUCAUUUGAAACACAAAAGCGCCAAGCAGAAGCUGAGCUUGAGAAACAAAAAGAUUUACUGUUAAAAGAAAAGCAAGAAAAACAAAGACUUAAACAAACAUUAAAGGAUCUGACUUCUUCUGAAAGGUUACGCUGGAAGAAAGAGUGUGACAAACAAGUAAGAGCAACUAAACUUGAAAUGGAGGAACAUAUUUUGGAAAAAUCUGAAAAAUUAAAGCAGCUUCGAGAUGUUGUUCAGAACUUAGAUCUUCCUCAACAACAAAAUUCAACUCGAUUAAGUGUUAUGCCGAUGCAAAAUUAUAAUUAUAACUACUCCUCUGAAAUGAUGGAAACUAGAGUUAAAAAUGUGGAAGAAGAAAAACCUUCUUUGUUAGUUAAAACUCCUCGUCCACCAAAAGUUGCAGCUAAACCACCUACAAAACUAAGAACUAAAACACCAAAUGGUACAACACCUAAGUACAGAUCAAAAUCUCCUCCACCUGUUCUCAAUCCUACUCCGAAAGUCAGUAAUCUGCUUAUAACAGAUAAACAAACUCCCAUUCGAUCAAAGCAUCGUCGGUCAAGGUCAUCAGACUAUUGGUUGGAACACAAACCUUCGACUACAUUAAGCACUGAUACUGUAAUGCAGCCUCAAAUACGUAAAAAGAAAACUGUCAACACACCUCAUGUAAAAGACUUCAAGAAAGCGUUUGGCUUAGAUUUAAUGUUUAGUGCUACACCCAAUUAUAUUUUAACACAUCAAGAAGAGGAUUCGUGUGGAGAAAUUGAAACAAAACUAAUUAAGGGAGAGAUUAUGAAAACCAGAGGAGGUGGAACUAGUGUUCAAUUCACAGAUGUAGAAACAUUAAAGAAAACGAUUGAGGGCAAAUCUUCAACUCCUAAAAUAGGAAAGCGGAAAUCUUUAGAAGAUCGCGUACAGAGCGAAGAUAGUUGGACUAGCGUUGAGACAAGGUGCGCAGUUGGUAUUGAAGGAAAGCCUGGGUGUGAACCUGGCCUAAUGCAUCAUGCAAAGAAAUCGAAGAACUGAUUUUAAAAUAUUUGCUUUAUGAUAAUUUAUUAAAAAUAUUUGAAAUUUUGUUACACACGAUUUAAUUUUUAAAAACACUGCAUUUUGAUUAGUUGUUAAAUAACUUGGAACCUGAUUAUAUGAGGCGAGUUUAUAGAUAAUAACCGACUCAUCAUAACAACAAUGUGUGGGUUUGUUAAUGUUUAAAACAAAACUUUUAUAAUUAAGUUACUUUUCUUACGUAGUUUUGCAGCCAUUUAAGUCUUUUUACUCCAUCAAAAACAUCUUGCAAAAAGCUAUUUAACAAUUAUCUAAGUCAAGCUAAUCAAAUUAUCCUGAUGAUGUAUCAUACCGGUUCCAUUUAGCCAACUCGCUUUCCUCUAAUCAACCUAAAUGUGACUGGUUUUGUGUACGAAAUAAAUUAUGUGUAGUUUUUUUAUAUAUAUAAUCGUUUUAUAAACGAAAAAACUAUUUAUAAUAGAAAUGUUGUUUUAAAA